AGUUUGCUUGCUGCAGUCAGUGCGUGUUUGUGAUUUAGCUGCAGAAGAAGAAAAGUAUCGUGUGUGUGUGUGUGUUCAUCCAGACGAGCUGUGGUUUCCCUCCCGCAGACGGCAGCUUCAGCUGAAACAAACUCCUGGAGGAACCAGCGCCGCCGCCAUGGUCGCCACAAGCACGUUAAAGACCAAAAGCAGCGAGUGCAUCUCGGACCUGGUCGACAGGAGAUACGACCAGAGCUGCAUAGAGAAAGAACUGGAUUUCUGGGAUCACUGCUUGGCUGAGCCCCAGAGGAAUGCAGAUGUGGCUGAGGACAGAACCUGUCAACAGCUGGCCAAGAUGUUUGAAAACUGCCUGUCACGAGCCAAGAAGACGACGCUGCACUGCUCCUCUGUGCUGGUACCAGAGAAGUUAACUCGCAGAAUAGCUCGCGAGGUACUGCGGCUGGCGUCGUGCGAGCCCUGCGGCCUGCGUGGCUGCGUCCUCUACGUCCACCUGGAGUUGGACAAGGGCUGCAAGCGGCUGGAGCGCAUCGUGUACGAUGCCACCGUGGUGCCCACGUUUGAGUUGACUCUUGUGUUCAAGCAGGACGGCACUGCCUGGCCCAGCCUACGGGACCUCUUUAUGGGAACCUGCUUUGCCCCUACUUUCAGGCAUGUACUUAAAUUGAGUCCAGGUUUCCGUCUUGUCAAGAAAAAACUGUACUCCUCCUCGGCUGGUACCGUGGUAGAGGAGUGCUGAACUAUGGGAGGGAUUAGACUGGGGUGUAGAGUUUCCUGUGGGUAAACGCACUUCUGCCCAAAUGUAAAUAACACUGCUGAUGGUGUCAUGUUUUCUACAGUGUUUUUGUACAAUCGGUUCAGCUCUACAUAGACAAUCUGUCAGAUUUGAACUUGAGGGUUUAAAGUUUGUGCACAAAUGAGCCCGAUGGUUCUGCGUUUGGCUUCAGUGUUUCUAAAUGUGCAUUUUAUCAGCAACAUUGUAAUAUCCUGAAUGUUGUUUUGUUCCCCUUAUAAGAUCGAUUGUUACUCAACACAAUUUUAGAAAGUACAUUUUGCAGAUGAAUGUAAAGCUAUGUUCACAUCAACAUUGAGAGGGGACAUGCUGUGGGUACACUUUUGUUAAAGACACUUGCCACUUUGUUGAUGCAUCUGAGUGUUUCCAGAUACAUUGAAUGUGUUCAGCAACAGUUAAUACACCGAGGCUUGAAUAGGAGACUGAGUUUAGUCUUUGGGGGCCAUAUGUAGCUAUAGUUGUACGAUGCUGUAUUUAAGACGAUGUCUUGUGAAGAUGCUGCUGUCUUGGUGUGGGCUUCUCGCACUAAGGGAAUGUUGAUGCCUUAAAUGUCCUUUUUUUCACUCCGAUCACAGAUGUGUGUACGUUUAGUAUAAAUGUUUUAUUGCAUUUUUUUAAUUUUAUACCCUCCUCCCCAGACAUGCCUUUUCGAUGUACAAACUUUAUAGAUUAUUAAAAGGAUGGUUAACCAAAAUGUAAAAGCGUAUUUGUUUUUAUGUUAUCCAUUAACUGGGAUGAGCUCGGAUUUUUUUUUUCUUUGUGAAUUCCCAGUAAUUUUUCAAAUGUUUUUGGUGCCAUUUGAACUUCUUGUUGAUGGAAAACUAGGCCUUGUCUAUUAGACAAUAAAAAAACUAUUUCCACCUUAAA